CCAGUACACAUAGCAGACAGAGCUUUGAAGCUGUGUAAAGCAAACAUUCUCUGGUUUAGUGGACAACUGUAAGUGACAGCUGGUUGAUAUCCAAACAUCUGUAUAACAGUUAAGCAGUAACACAAACCAUGAAAACCCCAAACAAAGUGACAAAAAGAAAAUUGGAGCCAUCAAGUACACCUGAAGAUGUGCCAUACUGUGAGAGUCCAAGUAAAGUUAUCAAAAGUGACCAAACAGGUGUCUUUAUUCCAGGAAAUCAUGAAGCUGAGAUGUGCUAUGGAGGAGAAGCUGAUCUACACAAACAUGUUACUGGCUGUAAGAAGAAUCCAGGUCACAAAGGUUUUAUACCUCUUAAAGAUUUCAACGCAAAUUGUCUCCCCUCGCGUUACCAUGAUGACGACCUCAUGUCUGAGACAAUUAAAACAAUGGCAGCCCUAACUGUCCAGGUAAAGACUAAAUUCACCAGUCUAGAGAGACCAGAGUUUUACCCAGGUACUCAAGUUCCUUAUCUAUGUUAUAAUGACAGAGGAAGUCACGUGAUGAGGUUAGGGACGGGGAGGGUGUUUGGUGUGAACACGUACACAGAGAGUGACAGAACUUGUCGUUGUGCCAAGUGUCAAGUCUCUGCCACACCCAGCAAAGUGUGGGGAGAGGUUCGUGUGUUGACAGCCACUCACGUGGUGUUUGAUGACAGUGAGGCGAGACAGACCAGGUGUGUUUUAGGUUUUGAUGACAAUAAAAGUCCAGUGGUCAGUCUUGAUGGCUGGGAGGUGGAUGAGGCAGACAUUGAGAGAGACACGUGUUGGUUGAGUUAUGAAACAUGUGACUUGGAGUUGGUUGAUGAACUGGAAAAGAUGUGUGAGCGCUUUUAUGAUCUAUGUAGGGAAGUAAGGAACAAAUACAGUAGAUUUUUUGAUGUGGACAAGUUGACCGUUAUAGUGUCACAUCCUCAUGGCUGUCCUAAACAGGUCUCUGUAGGACAAUGGACACACAAACAUGAGAGGUAUUAUGAUGAUGAUGAUGAUGAUGAUUAUGACACCUGGACCAGGUACUGGUACACAACAUGUACAUGUCCAGGCUCCAGUGGAGCGGCUGUCUACAGGCUGGGAUAUGGCAUGUGGUUAAAUCAACAUCCCCACAGUGGAUCAAACUCUGAAGGAAAUUAUAGUGGGGAGCUUUUGUGGGACUGAUGUAACUGUUAGUUCUCUCCCCUUGUCUACACAAUGUAAACAAACAAAAUGGCGGAACCUUUCCCGUCAUUAAACUGAUUGUAUAAAAGGGGGCAGAUACACCCAGAACAUGGUUACCUUACUAAAAAAUUUACCAAAAAAAACUAUUAGACUUACAGAUGCCAAAUUUGGUACCAGUAUAGCUUACAUAGUCUAUUAUAUGGCAAAUGUAAGGAAAUAAGUUUAUAUAUGGAGUAAAGAUUUUUUUUUAAAAUAAUUUUAAAAUGUAAGUCAUCCGCAAUAUUAAAAAAAUGACCCCAACUGUAGAAAUAAUUUAAACCAAAGUAUCAAGUACACAGCUGUAACACUUUCAAUGCAUCUAAAAGACAUGUAUGGCUAUGGUAUGAACCAGUCUCAUGUUACUAACCAUUAUGGUUUGUCCAUGACACAAAUUUGAAAAAUGUGCUAACAUUUUGAGAAAACAGCAGAACAUAGCCCUACAUAUCUAAAAAAGUAUAAUACCUAGGUAAAAGAUUUUGAUUCAUACUAUAGCCACUAUAUCAGGGAAUGUGUGUGCAAAGUUUUAUCACAAUCGAACAAUAAUUAUGGAAAAUAGCUGGAAGACAAUUUGCAAACAUGUCGUUUUUCGCAAACUUUUCCUAUACUAAAAAAAGUCGAUUUUCUUCCAUGAAAACAGGCUAUACACUCCAGCUUAGUAAGGAUGGCACUGUUUUCAGAUUCUUUCUCCUCAGCACCUAAUUCCUAGUGCUUUCUGACCUGACAAAGAGUCUUGAAAGCCCAAAAUGUCUGUUUUUUUUGUUUUUUGUAACAUACGACACAUCGGCGGUUUUGCAGAAUUCUAACAGAGUUGUCCUGGAUGUAUGUCUAUCACCCUCAGCAAACCAUCAGAAUAGUGUUCCAUAACUAAAUAUAGCUUCUGCCAUUGCUAUAGAAGUCUCCAAUUAUUACAGAAUGAUUCUUUUCUUUUGGAAUUACUUCCCUAUCAUGUCGCUGAGUGACUCAUUCUGGUUGUGGGUGUAGCUAUUGAGUCAAUUUGUUACCUCCCAUGUCUUAGCAAGGACUUCUCCAGACUGGUCUUACAGCUUCAAUGAAUUCUGUAAGGAGGUAAUAAUGUGUUCUAUAUGAUAUGACCAUUGGCAUUGGUGUUUUUACUUUAUGCAGGUCCAUUAUAAGGCAAAAAAACUAAUCUGACCUUUCCGCGCCUCAGCUUUGCAUCACAAAUGCAGUUCAUCUGUUCACAAUAUUUUUAAAAAAUACCAACAACUGAGAGGAUAAGCUUAGAAACAACCAGAUUAUCUGUUUCAUUUUGUAUUAUUACAAUUAAAUAUGCAUGAACUGGCUAGCCCCUUUCUUUCAUUUCAACAAGUGCGAUGAAAUAGUUUCUCAGAGAAUCGCUGUCUAUACUAAUUUAUUAUCACAUUAUCUAUCUACAUAAUACAUAAUUUUCCAGAUGAUUGACUUUAAUAUUUAGUUUUGUUUUAUUCAGAAUCACCAUUGAGAAGUACUUUUCCUAUGUAUCAUUCUAUUUAGUAGAAUAUUGAGUCUGCAUCAAUGUAUAUUAUAUUUUUUGUUUUGACUUUGUGGGUGUGUCCACCUGGUUACCAAAUGUAAACAAACUUUUUAUUUAUUUAUUUUUAUUACUAUUACUGUUAGUCAGCAAGAAGGUAGUCUGUUUUAUUUUACAUAAACAUAAUCUAUGUCUUUUUCUAGUUUCACUAGCUGUAGAUUGCAUAUAAUAACUUAGAAAACUCACUUUCUAUACUAGUUUAGUUUUAGUAAAUUUUAAUACCUCAACCGUGAAAUGUGCCAUUAUUCCAAGUAUAAAAUAAUAAAAAUAUUUAAUAGGAAGUAGAUCUAUUUUGAAAUAGGGAGUAGCUAAUUAUUCUAAUAGUAAAGGGAGUGUUUAUUGUUUAUAUUUAUUAUUAUAUCGUUCGUUUCCGAGUAUUGUAAAAGGCUUGCCGUCCGACAUUUUCCCUAUUUUUUACAUUCUGACGGACUACCCCUACCCACUUUAGAAGCUAAUAACUAAAAAACUACUUCACUCAGGUCAAAUUAAUGCAUACAGACGGAUAGAGAAAUGGAUUCUGAAUAAAAUAACAUUCACCAUACAACAAUAUUCGAAAAAAACGAUUUUUCAAUGAUUCUGGGUGUACCUGCCCCCUGACUUGCAUGUCUUGUAAACAUUUUAUUAUAUUCAAAUGACUAAAUCAAAUCUAUUGAUUGAUUUAAACCGUUUAACCGUUAUAAUUUGCAUUUACCACAAUGUAAUUUAAGCACUUUACUUGUUUAAUGUAGUAAAUAUUUUGUCUGUAACAAAUGUCGGCAACAUUGUUGUUCUAGCCUUACCGUGAUUUGUCUCUUUAUAUAAUAAAUUUCUUGCUCUUCUUAUUUGUUUACAAAAUUAUUAUAUACUAGAAAAUAAAUGC